UAGAGGCUAAAUAGCAAUGGUAUCCCGAAAAUUGUUCCACUGUACGACGGACAGGAAUUAAAAAUCAAUCAAGAGUUAAUAAUGAACGGCUUAGCCACUAUAUCAAUCAGAAAUUUAAAACAUCAGGAUGGUCCAUUAAAAAAAAGGAACUCAUUCUUCAGCCUUCAUCGUCCCGAAUUAAAGGGUCUGAACAUCGUGCCUGGCGAAAACCAACCGGAAAGAAUGUUACAACAGCACAUACUAAAAGAAGUCAAAACUAUUCACGACAUUCGAUCCAUGAAAUCGUUGCAUUGUAAAGACGGGUUGCGGAAAACACCAGUAAAGCACUUAGGAAAUCGUGAAAACAAACAGGAAAUGGAUAUAAAGUCUUCUGCUGCUUUACUAAUGGAAAAACGUUUUCUAAAGAGGUUGUGGCCAUUAUCGUCGUUUGAUCAAGAAGAAAAAUUAGCCGACAUUUCAGACACAGAAUCUCAAGAAUCGAUAACAGAAGCGGUUAAUGCUUGCGGACUUGACAAGGAAAUAAAAUCUACUCUAAUCGAAUGAAAGUCGAGAAAAACCACAACACAAACAGCUCCAAAUUUUUGA